AUGCCGGUGCUCGACGUUAUUGUCAUCAAAGCAUUUGGCAUCCACGGGGUUUCACUCAAUAAAAAUUUCAAAAUAUACCUGCGUCUGCAACAGCAAAACGCAGGUUCUAAAAAAUGUAAGAAAGUUGGCGACGAAAUUCACUUUUUGCAGAAAUUUACUUUUCAUUAUGACCCUAAUCAUUACACUCGUGAAAAACGCCUUUUCAUCGAGCUGUGGACAGAAUCUUUGUUUGGCGAGUCAUGCGUGAGUGUCGCGUGGGUUUGCUUAGACACACAAAACUUCGUUCGCGGAGAGUCUAUCACCCUCAGUUUACGCGGUGGAUUCGAGAAUUUGCAGGCCUCCUUUAUGGUAGCCAUAGUGCCCAUUGAUUUCGGAGCUGUUUCAGGGCACCCCUCGCAACAAGGGCAACCGGUGCUUGGUAUUCCGCUGAACAUGCACAACCCACCAGCUGUCACCUACCCACCCCACGAUUUCUUUGCAGCGCCGCCAGUACAGUAUUCACCCGCACCCUUCUCUGGUACUGAUAGGACACAGUGUCUGCAGGCUCCAUAG